AUGUCGAGAUCAAAAGUGUCUGCGGAGGAUAUCAGCGACAAAGUCGUCUUUAGUGCCCCUGUAGGGGUUAAGACUAUCCAUAAAACCACCUAUCCUACCAUUUCCGUUACUCGGCCUGAGCUGAGCCAGGCCGGCAAGACUAUCCUCGUCACCGGCGGCUCUGCUGGCAUCGGCCAAGGCAUUGUCAGGUCAUACGCCGAAGCCUCUGCUUCGCGGAUCAUCGUCACCGGCCCGCCGCCGUGGCACUCUCGAAAAAGCGGCCCCGGCGCUCUCAUCUCGUUCAGUCUCGACACGGUUUGGGCCGACUAUGUCACCAACGUGCGCUCGCAGCUCGACUUUGUCCAACGAUUCCGCGCCCAAAAGGGUUUCGAGGACAAGAAGAAGUACCUCGUGUUCAUCACUACGGCCGUCAUCCACACCCCGGGCAUAGACAAAGUGAUGCCCUCCUACUACCUGACAAAACAGGCGAGCCAUUCCCUGGUCCAGACGCUCGCCGACGCAAGUGAUCCUAAAUUACUUCAAAUCAACCUGGUACACCCCGGCCUCAUCUACUCCGAGGCUGCUGCCAAGGCUGGCAUAGCGCCUGAUAGUCUUCCUUUUGACGACAUGAAGCUGCCGGCCGACUACAGCGUGUGGGCGGCUACGGAGGAGGCGACGUUCCUGCAUGGCAAGCUCGCCUGGGCCGCCUGGGAUGUGGAUGAACUUCGCUCGGAAGAGUCGAAGAAGGUGUUUGAGAGCAACCCUCAUCAUCUCAGCAUCCGCCUGAUUGGUGUAUAG